UCAGGGGCGGCGGUGCCCGGAACCCCCCGCAGCCCGCCCGGCACCGGGGAGGGGGGAGCGCCCCGGCCGGGCCGGGGGUGGCUGGCAGGGGAAGAGGGACAGCCGUGCGGGUUGACUCCGGGGAGCGGCUGCCGUGAAUGGUAAUUGGAUCCUACAGUUAGGAGGACUCUAAGCUGUGAAUUUUAAGCAUGCUGUGUUAUCUGUGUUGUGGCCUGACUUAAGUUUCUAAGGAAUUGCAAUAAUGCUGCUGCAUUUCUGGGGUUUGGUGCUUUUGCCGCCACUGGUCAUUCUCUUGUCACCUAAAUGCUCCAAGUAAGAUCAAUGGAGGAACAUGUUCAUUUCUCCCUGCUGGCAACAACAGUAUGCUUCCAAAGGAGAAACCUGAAUGUUCUUGGAAAGUAAGCUCUAUGGGAUGGAACAUGAGGCUACCCAGCUAGAAAAGCAGCAUGUGCACAGUGUGUAUGAAAAUACAGCUGCCUACUUUAGUGACCUGCAGACCAAAGCAUGGCCUCGUGUUCGGAACUUUCUGCUGGAACAAAAGCCUGGCAGUCUCGUUGUUGAUAUAGGUUGUGGAACUGGAAAGUAUCUCAGUGUCAACAGUCAAGUGUAUAAUCUGGGCUGUGAUUACUGUGAAGGACUGGUAGAAAUUGCAAGGAAGAAAGGUGAUGAAGUUCUGGUGUGUGACAACCUUAACCUUCCCUUUAGGGAUCAGUGCUUCAAUGCAGUCAUUUCAAUUGGAGUGAUACAUCAUUUCUCAACUAAACAAAGGAGAAUCAAAGCAAUAAAGGAAAUGGCAAGGAUAUUGACACCUGGAGGCCAAAUAAUGAUUUAUGUUUGGGCUAUGGAGCAAAAGAAUCGUCGCUUUGAGAAACAAGAUGUAUUUGUUCCAUGGAAUAAGGCCUUGUGCUCACGCCAUUUUUCAGAAUCAAAUCAAUCUGGAGAUAAGGGUGAGUUUGUCCAUACUGCAAAAGGCCAAAACAUACAUCCUGCACAGCUUGUCAUCUCUGAGUGCAGCUACCAAAACAAUCUGCAGCCAGAAACUGAUUCAAAACAUCCCCGCAAUAUGGACCAUUGCUUACCCAGAGCCUGCUGCAUGAAAAUUUCUGAGGAAGAAAACAGAUUUUACAGUGCUUUAGGAAGAUCUUUCCGCUCAUGGUUUUUCUCCAGAUCCCUUGAUGAAUCAGCCCUGAGAAAGCAAAGUGACAAAAUGAAGCACCUGAAAAAUGAAGGAGUGUGGGCCAACAGUGCCGUACCCGUUCAACAUUCACGACACUGCAGUUUGGAUUUAGGUCACCAUGGGGCACUGUUAAAUGAACAGAGUUUAGAUGAUGAUGAUGAUGUGUUUGUGGAAAGCCUGUCUCUCAAAAAACCACAGUGGUCACCAGCCGCAGAUGCACUGAAGGAUUUAAGUUUAAAUGGAGGACACCAAAGUGUAGCUCAGAGCAAGGGGGACAAAGCUCCAUUUAUAAAUGGCCCAGUGGAAGACAGGGACUGCAUUUGUGGUUGUAAUAAAGAUGGUGCUGGAAAGUCUGAUACCUGCAAGUUUUUCAAAAGAACUUCAACAACUGACUCCACUGACUCAGCUUUGGAUUCAGCAGUGUCUGUUGGAGACCAAACUGAUGCCAUGUUGGAUGCAAAGGCCUUCAUGCGUUAUUACCAUGUUUUUCGGGAAGGGGAGCUGAGUUCUCUGGUGGAAGAGAAUGUGCCUGAGCUUCAGAUACUUUCGUCCUGCUAUGACCAUGGAAACUGGUGCAUUAUUGCAGAGAGAAGAGGAAUAUAGCUAUAAAGAGAACAAAGCAGAAUCCAGUGACUGAGAAUUUUAAGCUCUUCCUUGUGUUACUGUGAUUGUGCAGUGCGACAUGGAACUUGAAUCUUGUAGUUGUGUGCCAUUCAUUUUUGAGUUAUUAACUAUUUAACUAGCUAAUUCAAGGUCUGUAUAUAGGAAUGUAAGUGGUAGACAAUAUUUAUGUUUUGUUAAACUUUUAUGAAGUUAAAACUGUAGAGUUUUAUAUUGCUGUUAGCAAAUAAUUGUGUUUUAAAACUUACUUUUCUAUUGAGAAAUAAACCUUUUUAUAAAACAAGGUUCAGGGCAUCUUUUAUGAGAAAUAUCCUCUUGGUAGAAAGUCUAGUCUUUGUUCUUCAGAUGCCAGAAGUUUGUCACAUUGCUCCCUAUUCUUGAAGUCCUAUAAAAGAGACAUAGACACUAUGUCUAAAAUUGUACUUGACUGUACACUGGUAGAGUGCAUGCUGCAGAACUGGGAGCAAGCAUGGUCCCAGUGCUCCUUAGUUGGGAGUAGAGUUAUUAAUGGGCAAAAAACUGUGUACCAAACAAGCUCUGCAUAUUCUGUCAUUUGAUGUUUGUAUUUAGGAGCAAAUGACAGGACAGAUUUUGGACAGUAUUUUUUACUUUUUUUUUAAAAAUAAUUUAAUUUGUUUCUCAGGUGCAGGUGAAGUUUUAUGUGUUAGCUCUCACAAAUACAUUAUCUUAAUUUCAUUGGCUAUAGUUUUUCAUUGGCUUUGUGUAUAUAAAAGUCAGAGGGAUUUGUGAGAGUGUGAGUAUUAUGUAAAGUUCUAAAAUAUCAAAUCCUUGAAAUACAUAUAUCUUUUUGAUAAGCCUGGGAAGCUACGAUUAAAUUAAUAAAAAUGCAGUGCAUAUCUGGUCAGCUGUUGUAUUUACUUUUCUUGUUCACAGACAUGAGAAUAUAUAUUAACGGUGUGUUAAAUAACAUAGAAGGAAGAGGAUAAGCCCAGUUUGCAUAUAAAUAACAAAUUCUUGUCCUAUGAAGUUUAAACGAACCUUUUGAGACCUAAGUGAUAAUAGAUGGUUUACACAACUUUUCUAUUCCCUGCAAGACAUACCAUCACUAUCCAUCUGUAGUAGGUUUAGAAUUUUAUAGUGCUGGGGAUAAAAAGCAGCUGGCUUCAGAAAAUCAGCAGUGGAACUGCCAACAGAAGCAGCGCUAGAAGAGGCUAAUUGCCUCAUUAGCACAGAGUUACUCCAUUCCUGGGCUUAAUUCAUAGUUAGUGGCUGCAGUGCAGGGCACAUCUUCAACUGGUGUGAUUUCGUGACCUUUAAUGGAGCUGCACAUAUUUCCCCUUCCCCGCUCCCUACCCCCCCCCCCCCCCAAAAAAAAAAAGAACCCCAAAACCCCUUUUGUUACAGCAGUUUUAAAGAGCUAUAUAAUUAAGAUGUAUGCCCUAUUAUUGAGCAAGUAACUCUGAAUACAAGGCAAUAGGAGUGAAAUGCCAAGCUUUUGCCAUCUAUGCUGCAUGAGCAGGUGGAUUUGGGAUUGUUCAGUAGAAAACCUUGAUGGUGCUGAGUAUUUUUUGAUGUAGCUUCCCAGCUGUUAAUUGCCACAUGUUAAUGUAUUAUAAAUUUAUUUACUGGA